CGUCAUCGUCGUCACCAUGAACUACCGGCUGGGGGUGCUGGGCUUCCUGAGCACGGGGGACCAGGCGGCCAAGGGCAACUACGGGCUGCUGGACCAGAUCCAGGCGCUGCGGUGGCUGCACGAGAACGUCGGCCACUUCGGCGGCGACCCCCAGCGCAUCACCAUCUUCGGCUCCGGCGCCGGCGCCGCCUGCGUCAGCCUGCUCAUCCUCUCCCACCACUCCGAAGGCCUGUUCCAGAAGGCCAUCGCGCAGAGCGGCACGGCCAUCGCCAGCUGGUCCGUCAACUACCAACCCCUCAAGUACACGCGGCUGCUGGCGGCCAAGGUGGGCUGCGAGCGCGCCGACACCGGCGCCGCCGUCGAGUGCCUGCGGCGCCAGCCCUUCCGCGCCCUGGUGGACCAGGACGUGCAGCCCGCCCGCUACCACGUGGCCUUCGGGCCGGUGGUGGACGGCGACGUGGUGCCGGACGACCCCGAGAUCCUGAUGCAGCAGGGCGAGUUCCUCAACUACGACAUCCUGAUCGGGGUCAACCAGGGCGAGGGCUUGAAGUUCGUGGAGGACUCCCUGGAGAGCGAGGACGGCAUCUCGGCCUCCUACUUCGACUUCACGGUGUCCAACUUCGUGGACAACCUCUACGGCUACCCCGAGGGCAAGGACAUCCUGCGGGAGACGUAGUUCAAGUACAUGUGCCACUGGGCCGACCGCGACAACGGCGAGAUGCGGCGCAAGACGCUGCUGGCGCUCUUCACCGACCACCAGUGGGUGGCGCCGGCGGUGGCCACGGCCAAGCUGCACGCCGAGUACCAGUCGCCGGUGUAUUUCUACACCUUCUACCACCACUGCCAGACGGACGCGCGGCCGGAGUGGGCGGACGCGGCGCACGGCGACGAGAUCCCCUACGUCUUCGGGGUGCCCAUGGUGGGCGCCACGGAUCUGUUCCCCUGCAACUUCUCCAAGAACGACGUCAUGCUCAGCGCCGUGGUCAUGGGUUGA